CUCCUUCUGCCCAGAGGGGGCGGCGGUCAGAGACGGCGGCACCCCAGUUCUCUCCCACGUCGGCACUCGGCACUGCUGGAAGCGCCAGGUGGCUUGCCCGGGGGUCGCCAGAACCGGCUUCCCCUGGACCAGGAAAAAGCUGUCAGGAAAGACUUGGCUCAUUUGGGAGGCUCCCCCAGGGACCCCGGUGGCCCCAGCUCCUGGCCUAGACCUUUCCUUGAUGUGUGGAUACAAGUAGAGCUGUGAGGGUCCUUGGCCCCUCCCAAAGACCAUGCCACAACCCCACUGACCCAGCAGUUGGGACCUGAGGGCAGGGCUCCUGGAAUGGGCUGUGUGUUCUGCAAGAAGCUGGAGCCGGAGUCCAAGGAGGAUAUUGGCCUGGAAGGAAACCUCAGGGGCUAUGGGGCUGGUGACCGCUAUUGCCCUGACCCCACUCAGGCCCGGUCUGUGUCCUCCUUUGCCCACAUCCCCAACUACAACAACUUCUCCCCUUCACCCACCAGCCCUGCUUUCCUUGAUGGUAGCACCAUCAGGGGCAUCUCAGGGACUGGGGUGACCCUGUUCAUCGCCCUGUAUGACUAUAAGGCCCGGACAGAGGAUGACCUCACCUUCACCAAGGGCGAGAAGUUCCACAUCCUGAACAAUAGUGAAGGUGACUGGUGGGAGGUUCGGUCCCUCACCUCCGGACAAACUGGCUACAUUCCCAGCAACUACGUGGCCCCUGUGGACUCCAUCCAGGCUGAAGAGUGGUACUUCGGAAAAAUCGGGAGGAAGGAUGCGGAGAGGCAGCUGCUCUCUCCUGGCAACCCGCAGGGGGCCUUUCUCAUUCGUGAGAGCGAGACCACCAAAGGUGCCUACUCCUUGUCCAUCCGGGACUGGGACCAGACCAAAGGCAAUCACGUGAAACAUUACAAGAUCCGCAAGCUGGACACAGGAGGCUACUACAUCACCACGCGGGCCCAGUUCAACACAGUGCAGGAGCUGGUGCAACAUUACGUCGAGGAGAACGAUGGGCUGUGCCACCUGCUCACGCAAGUUUGCACCACCAUGAAGCCGCAGACGUUGGGUUUGGCCAAGGACGCUUGGGAGAUCAGCCGCGACUCUAUCGCACUCGAGCGCCGGCUCGGUACCGGCUGCUUCGGGGAAGUGUGGCUGGGCACGUGGAACGGCAGCACGAAGGUAGCAGUGAAGACGCUGAAGCCGGGCACCAUGUCUCCGAAGGCCUUCCUGGAGGAGGCGCAGAUCAUGAAAAUGCUGCGACACGACAAGCUGGUGCAGCUGUACGCGGUGGUGUCCGAGGAGCCCAUCUACAUCGUGACAGAGUACAUGUGCCACGGUUCCUUGCUGGAAUUUCUCAAGGAUCAGAAAAGCCAGAAUUUGAGGCUGCCCCAGCUGGUGGACAUGGCAGCCCAGAUAGCAGAGGGUAUGGCCUACAUGGAGCGCAUGAACUACAUCCACCGUGACCUGAGGGCAGCCAACAUCCUGGUCGGGGAGCGGCUGGUGUGCAAGAUCGCAGACUUCGGACUGGCCCGCCUCAUCACGGAUGAUGAGUACAACUCACGACAAGGGGCCAAGUUUCCCAUCAAAUGGACCGCCCCAGAGGCUGCCCUCUAUGGGAGAUUCACCAUCAAGUCAGAUGUGUGGUCCUUUGGGAUCCUGCUCACGGAACUCAUCAGCAAGGGCCGAGUCCCCUACCCAGGCAUGAAUAAUCGGGAAGUAUUGGAACAGGUGGAACACGGCUACCACAUGCCCUGUCCCCCAGGCUGCCCCAGGUCCCUGUACGAGGCCAUGGAACAGACCUGGCGUCUGGACCCAGAGGAGAGGCCUACCUUCGAGUACCUGCAGUCCUUCCUGGAAGACUACUUCACCUCCACAGAACCCCAGUACCAGCCUGGGGAUCAGACAUAGCCUGCUUGGGCACUGGCCACCUCUCUCGGGGUGCCCACCAGCCCUUAUCAAUCCCUAGGAAUCUGGUCCCAAAGCCCCCAGGCUUAGAAUCCUUCAAAGUCCUAGCACAUCAAAGCAGAUAGGACACUUUGUCACCAUCUAGGGCAACCUGCUCAUUUUACAGAUGGGGCAAAUCAAGGCUCAGAACUCAUCCCUCACCCACUUUGGCUCCAAACAGUUUUUACCCUUCCCACUUAGGCCCCUUCAGGCCUCUAGCCUGUCCCCAAAAUGCUCAGAUCAUGUCUAGUUAUUUAUAAAACUAUGAAUAUGCCUUUCAUCCUUUAUCACCUCUUCCUUCUUUCCUACCCUUCUGUCAUCCCAUCCUGGCCCAGGCCCCCAGAUUUUGCCUCCUACUCUCAAUUCUCUUGUGUUUGUCAGUUACAAAGACAGGGAAAAUCUUUGCUGGGUCUUUCCACGGGGUGGAUGCUGUGGUCCAGGACUGGGGUGCAAGCCCAGGAUUGAGGGAGAAGUUGAGGGCUCACCCUCUUCUGAUCGUGUGUGUGUUUAUUGAUUUUUGUAAAUAAGGAAAAUGACAAUAUGAAUCCUUGAACCAUGAAAUUCUUCUGAACCUGCUUUUUUGGGGAUGUGGCCAGUGGGAGGUGAGUGAAGGAUGGUGGCCAGUGGGUGCAGAAAGGGGAGGCGAGACAGUGUCCUAAUGCCUACCAAGUGCAGAGCACCCAAGGUAUGGAGUUUUAGGGGACCAAAAGUCUGUCUACUCAUCCCCAUGUAAGUUUAGAACCAGUGGAUAGAUGGAUGCAGAAGACAGUCAACUGGAGAUUAAAACAUCUCUUUCACUACUGA